AUGAACAGGAAUGACAGCAACGCGCCUAAAGACUGUCGUGGAUUGGGGGGGUUUUAUUCGUACAAAAACACAUUUGAUGAGGAUAGUGUCUGGUUGGAAAUUCCGAAGCAGGUGACGUUUAUCAACGUCACGGACCCGUACACGGAGAAACUGGAUAUCUCUCUGAAUGUCUUCGAAAAUACGACUGCAAGUGAGCUCUCAGACCCGUGGCAUGGGAGGAGGAUAGACCUAGCUAGCCAGAGUGCAGCCCAGGCCCACGGCCUUGAAGCUUUAUCUGCAGCUGCAGCAGGAGACGCGCACGGUCUGCAACCACAGCAGCAGGCUUCCAUAGCGAAUGCAGCCCCACUGCCAGGAAACUCCGCUGUGCACACACAUCUCAGAUUCAGCCAGGCUGGAUCUCAAUAUCCUCCAGAAAGCAGCAUCCCUCCCCCAAACCCAGCAAACCCAGUUGACCCUCCUUCCCCAUCUGCCUCAAUAACGUCGACUAGUAACAUCAAUUUGCCUUCUCGAUCUGUGUCUCCAUACAUCGACCCAACCCUUCGUCCGCCUGAUGCUAUAGUUGGCCUCCCAGUAACCUCGAAAGCACUUCUUUCUCAUACAGGGCUGGAGCAGAACGUUGAGACGGAUAUUAAAAUUGCAUUUUUACUUCGACAUUUCUCAGAAUCCCCUGGAAAAUGGAUGGAUCUUUUCGACCUUGGGGCUUAUUUCGCGUCUUAUGUGCCUGCUAAGGCUGUUACCACACCCGUUCUCAGAUAUGCUGCCUGUGCAUACGCCGCGAAGCAUCUUGGUAGAGUUAAAGGGAUGAAAGGCAAGCCUAGUAUUCUUCACGGUAGGCAGCCAACUAUUGAAUCUUGGCCUGGCAUUGAAAACACCAACUGGCAUCUUCUUGGAGCUGCUUAUUAUGCCAAAGCUAUUCAGUUUCUUAUGGAAACACUACAACACGACGGCCAAAGUCCCACAGAUAGUCGAGGGGGAUGGCAUGAAACCAGAUCCUGCGAUGGAAACGAAUAUACCCACGCGCAUAACAGACGUAGAAGGUUCUCUAAUGGACAAAUUUGCAAUAUCCAGUCCGAUGAGGUGCUCACUGCAACUGCAAUUUUGUCCGUCUAUGAGUUUUUGGAUGCAACAGGCCUGGCAUGGAAUCGCCAUCUAAGCGGCGUGAAGUCUCUGCUGGACAUUUCGGAAAUUGGGAUGAUGUCGCAAGAACAACGAAUGUCACUUGAUGGCGCAUCGUUCUUUUCACGAGCACGGCCGGCGAGCUUUUCAAGGGCAAGAAAGGCAACGUUCUGGAACUUUGCCCGGCAGGACUAUUUAUCGGCUUUUAUCAACAAAUGCAAAUGUAGACUGGACACGGAUGAUUUAUUCUUGUGGAAAGAGGCAGGCCUCCUCUUGGACGGCUCAGGUCUUGUUCAGCCAAGCAACACAUCUGCCACAACGGACAGUGUUAUGGCGGAAGAUAUGGUAUCAAAUGCCAUGGUAUGGUUGUCUUCUAAGAUUGUGAAUUAUGUGGUUAGCACGAGACAUGCAGAUACGGCAUCUGCUACUCAAUGGCUUCAGCUGAAAACGGAAAUGGAUACGUGGUACUGUGGGCUGCCCGAGGCCUUCAGACCAUGUGCGCGAAUCGACCAUUAUCCUCCAUCACUCGAACCUAAUCAAGAGCUCUAUCCCUUUACGAAAAUUUGGUAUAGUAUGCCUAUGUGUGCGUCUGCAAUGCAACACUACCACAUGGCUCGCAUCCUGCUUCUAGCCAAUAAGCCACCUCAACUUGCCAUCCAACGGGCAACUAUGGCAAACAGGCCAGCGAAGGAUGAGAUUCAGCUCCAUUGUCAUGAAAUAUGCGGGAUAUCCAUGUCUCGACCUGAAGCAUCCGUGCGUAUUAACUCUGUCCAGCCGUUGUUUGUGAGUGGCCAAUGCUUGACAGAUAGUCGAAAAAGGCAAACUGUUUUGAACCUGCUUAGAGGUAUCGAGAGCGACCUUGGCUGGGCCACAGAGUAUCGUACUGAACAGUUACUUGAACAAUGGGGCCGGAACCAUGGCACUGUCGCUGCAUGA